UAUGUCUCUAUGGCAUUGCCUAUUGCGUCAUCUCUUCGCACUGGGUGACCCACGCAUAUGCCAAGGGGAGCCGGAAGUGUCUUUAGGGUUUCGAGUCAAUUUCCUUUGAAAUACAGCCACGACGCAUCCAAAGGCGUGAUGACGCAACCGUACUUCACCGCGCCUAGCGAUCCUGUCCCCUACCGGAGAAACGGCGACAGGGACGCGACCACUAUUUACGUUAACACGGCGCGACGAAACGCUAGGACAUUCCACAGUGCAAUACGUAAUAAGCGCGCGACACCGUCUCUUCUGCCCUGGUUCACUGUAACCGAGGCGUCUCGAUAACUCAAACGUUUUUGUUGUGGGCUUACGUCACCGGUAAGCGACCGUCCACAUUACCCUCAUUCAAGGGUUGCUCAUUUCGCCUAUAGGAUUGGAAGGGUUAAGAACACAACCAUGGCUGGUGUGGGCUUUGAAGAAUUCUCUGUGCCCCCUGGAUCAGAGCUGGCACUGCCUCCUCUCUUCGGUGGCAAUAUCCUCGAGAGUGAACUGGAGACAGAGGUGGAGUUUGCCGAUGGUGGAAUACCAGAAGAGGAGGAGGAAGAGGGGGCAUUGAGGCAGCAGGAAAUGACACGGCGCAAAUGCCAGGCUCUUGCUCGGCGCUGCAAGGAGUUAGAGCAGGUGAAUGAGAGGAUGUUAAACCGGCUGCAUCAGGUCCAGAGAAUAACACUGCGGCUUAAACAGGAGAGAAGGUUCCUCAUGAGGGUCCUUGAUUCUUAUGGUGAUGAUUACAGGCAAGGCCACCUUGAUAUUGUCCUGGAGGAUGAAGGUAGCCACAGCACUGAUGCUCCAGCUCCUGGCAACACAGAGAAUGAGCCCCCCGAGAAAGACACCCCCAGGUGUCUCUCGGGUUCUUUGGCUGCCCCAGAGGCUGAAAGCAUCUCACCUACUGAGGGCCCCACCAGUAAGAAGCGGCGGCGUCACAUGCGAGAGGAAAAGGAAGUGAGGUUACGCCGAGCAGCCCAAACGUUGCUUCCUAUGGAAGAGUUUCCUGUGCAGAUCAAGUCUGAAGAGGAUUUCCAGUGUGAGCAAGAGGAUGUCCUCACUCCUUCCUGGCAGCAGUCUAGUCCUCAGGAUAAGUUACUCCAUUAUUCAAAGUUCUCUAGCCCAGGGGCCUGUUCUGAUUUCGACUGAGGCUGGCCACUCACCGGUCCUCACGAAGGAGACUCUAUAUGUGUAUCUGAAGGUCAGUUACCUCCCUCCUGGGUUAAAGAGGCCACUGCGCUGUCCGCUGAUCAGUCACCUGGGGAUGCGUUUUGGACUGAAAGGAACACAAGCACACUUUAAGAGCCAGCAAGAGACGGACUGUGGAACUCUCAGCCACUUGGAGUGCACUCGAUCUGAACUGACACUGGGCAGCUGAGGGGCAGGUGCUGGAAGACAAAAUGGACUGCACUAACUUAACAAAACUUGAAAGCCAAUGUAUUAAUAGUGUUCAAGUCCAUCUGCAUUAGGGAGAUGAAUGGAUUCUGCUACCAAUGUCGAAAAGCUUAAGUAUGGGGUGGGAAUGGGUAUGUAUGUAGAAUUUGUAUGUCUUACAUGUCUUGGGCCGCACAAUUUGUGAGUUUCUGAAGGAGUUAAGUGAUCUCUGACUGAGGCCACAUGGGCACCAUGUUUAUAAGCACUUUUAUGCCACUUUAAACAGUCUUGGCUUCCCCCAGAGAAUCCUGGGGACUGUAGUUUGGUAAGGCUGUUGAGAGUUGUUGGGAGCUCUCUAUUCCCCUCCCAGAGCUACAAUUCUCAAAAUUCCCAAAGAGGGAUUUCUAAACCACCCUGGGAAUAGUAGCUCUGUCAGGGGAAUUGGGGUCUUUGGAGGAACCCAUGACUGCCCCCAAAAGUGGCAUAAUACUGCUUUAAAUAUAUAAUGCAGAUUGAAAGUGGUGUGCAGGAGCUGGCUUCCAUGCACUGUUCAAGAAAGGAAACAGAAUUAGCUGCUGUUUUGUGUGACAAAUGUUCUCAGUGAAUGAGGAGUCUUCUUACAGCUGCGAGAGAACUCUGCUGCUUUGCUUUCCAAGCCAAGAUUUGUAUGAGUAUCUUAACCAUGAGGCACAAUAUAUUAAAGCCAAUUCUGUACUAAAAACAGACUCCUACAACAUGUGCAAAUUAUGCAAGACUA